AUGCAGUUCACCACCUUGACUGUAGCCCUUUUCGCGGCUCUGGCCACUGCCCACAAGCAAGGCCCUCAACACUUCCACCACCGCCGUCACCUCAACACCACUGGCACGGCCCCGGCCCCAGCUGGCCCAUUGACCACCUUGACCGUGGUGACCACCCAGAUCCACACCAUCACCAGCUGCGCUCCCACCGUGACCAACUGCCCGGCCCGCAACUCCAAGUCCGCCGGUGCCGUGGUCACUGAGGUCGUGACGCUGGCCACCACCGUCUGCCCAGUUGAACAGGCCUCAUCCGUUCACUCUGCAAUCAUCUCCUCCGCAUCAGCAAGCAGCGCUGCAGGUCUCCCCCUCACCACCACCAAGCCAGCGGUCCCUGUUGGAACCGGCAAUGUGCAGAACCCAGGUGGCAACGGCUCUGGACCAUCUUCGGAUCUCGUCCUGACCUAUACCCAAGGCGUCGGAUCCUCAACCACGGUCAUCACCACCACCAUCAGACACACCAGCACUUCCGUUGUGUACAAGACCAAGAAGCCCGAGGGAGGCGCCGGUGCAGCUCCAUCCAACGGUGCCCCAGCUACCAACGGCGAGGCUGACGGAGCCGCUGGCGAACCCACCACCACCAUCUCCGGCACUUCCACAUCUACCAAAUAUAUCACCGUCGUUGCCACCACUCCUGGUGGAGGUGCCGGAGCCGCCCCUACAGGAGGUAACGGCAAGGGUGGUAAGGGUAGCAACAACGGCAACGGCAAUGGCAAUGGCAACGGAGCCUGUGUUCCUGUUACCGUCACUGUGGCCGCUUCGACCGUUACUGUUGCCGCAUCAACCGUCACAGUGACCGCAACUCCCGCCGGCAGUGAUGAUACUGGUGCUUCCAACGGUGCUGCCCCUACCACCGCGGCUAACAACGUCGUUCCAUCCAGCGACGAGGCCGGCUCUGCCACCUCGGCGACCGUCAGCAUUGUUACCGUCGUCCCCCUCCCAGUUACCUCAGGCGGACCCCCAUAUGGCAACGGUACCGAUAGCGCUCCCACCAAGGGUCCCCACGGCCACCACAGUGCCCACCCCAGCGGGGCUGUCAAGCCCAGUGGCUUCAUCUCCAAGUCGAAGGCCGCUCCCACUUAUUGA